UGGGGACCCCUGCAGCCCAGUCCACGUGGGAGACAAUUCAUAACAAGCGGAAGAGUGCUGGCAGGUGGUUGCGACCAUGACCGUGAACCUCUUGGAGGACUGGUGCCGCGGGAUGGACGUGGACAUCCACAGGGCCCUGUUGGUCACGGGCAUCCCCGAGGACUGCGGCCAAGCAGAAAUUGAGGAGACCUUGAGUGGGGUCCUCUCCCCGCUGGGCCCGUACCACGUGCUCAACAGGAUUUUUGUGCGGGAAGAGAAUGCCAAAGCCGCCCUAGUUGAGGUGGGCGAGGGCGUGAGCCUGCGGGCCGUACCUGGGGAAUUUCCGGGAAGGGGAGGUGUCUGGAGAGUGGUCUGCAGAGACCCCACCCAGGAUGCAGAGUUUUUAAAAAACCUGAAUGAGUUCCUGGAGGCCGAGGGGCGCUCUUGGGAGGAUGUGGUGCGCCUGCUCCAGCUCAACAACCCCCCACCACCCCGCAACCAGAAUCCACCUCCAGAGAACUGGGUGGAAGCUUUGGGGGUGCUCCUGGGGACUGUGAUGCAGAUCGUCUUCCACAUGGACGCAGAGAUCCGCAGCCUGGAGGAGGCCAGGGCUCUGGAGGCCGCGGAGGCACAUGCUGUCGCGGCAGCUUCAACAGCCCAAAGGAAGAUUAAGGAGGAGCCAGGGAGGGCUGCUGGUGUGGGGUCUCCCCUGAAGCUGGAGAACGCAGACAGCUGGAGUGACGUGGGAGAUGAAGGUGACCCUCCCAAACCCUUGGUUCGUAAGGCUGGAGCUAAGACUUGCUCCAGGAGAAAGAAGCAGAAAAAAAACCCCAAGCAGGACCCAGUGCCCUGGAAGAAAGCCAGAGGCCACCAUUCCAACAGCUCUGCCGCCUUGGAGGAUCCUGCGGCUGAUGGUGGUGAAAAUAGGGAGGCCUCAGAACACCCCCAGAGCAGCAAAAAGCCCUGUGUGAAGCAGGAGGAGUCGGCUUUGAGGAAGCCCGUGAAGUGUCCCUGGAAGUCCCCCAGAAACGCACCUCAGGGUGCCCGGCCAGAAGCUGCGGGCCCUGGAGUUGCCUCUGGGUCAGACCAAGAUGAUGGUUGCGAGGGCCCGCUGAAGAAAAAGGCCAUGGGCUGGGCCUCGGCGAAGAGCCGAGGGGCCGUGCGGAAGAGGAAGGUGAGCUUGGGCCCCGUCUCUUACGUCCUUGUCGAUGCAGAAGACGCCAAGAAGCAGCCUCUCAUCCCAAAGAAGAGGCCAGGCUCCCGGAAGCGUGCGUCAGUCCAGAGGGCCCCUCGAGGCUCACAGCCCACUGAGUCGCAAGUCUCAACGUCAUGGGAUGCAAAGGCCAAGACAGAAGGCUCUCCUCGUGAGCCCAGGAAACUUUGAGUUGGGCGACCACCAAGCUGAAAGAAAACCAAGGAAGUUCCCAGUUGGGAGCAAAGCUUUUUCUUGUCAUUGAACGAAUCAAGACUCUGGACUUUAUUAGGGACCCGCUUUCAGAGGUAAAUGUGCAUAAGACCUUAGGUGGGAGGAAUGACGGUGUACGUACCCCUGUGCUGCUUUCCCUGCCAGGCCUGCUUUACACCUCCCCCUAGACUCACCUUUGAGUCCGGUGAGUCAAUAAGCAGAUGGGAAAAUCCUAGAACACUCAUCUUGGCCCUGGGCAGGGUCACUGUUACGCUGUCCGUGCCUGGCCUUUCUCCCCCACUCCCUGCUGCUUCUGAGCGGCCGGCUGACCUAGGGCCUGGCGUUCUUAGGAGCAGGGCCGCCGUUCUCUCCCUUCACCCUCUGCGCUACUACCGCGGGCAAGUUAAGCCAAGAUCCUGAUGCAGACCCGGCGUCCUUACUCCACCCACUCUUCAGCUUCCACUGAUCAAGAGGGUGGUGAGGUCCCAAGAGUUAGUUUUGGGGGGGGGAAAUGGCCUUGAAGUAUUUGAGUUUUAACUUCUGUUAAUAAGAAUGGUCCUUGGAUUUCCCACUUGGGGUAAAACCCUCUCAGAACCUGCAGGGAGGAGGGGUGAUCGGUAGGGAAGGACUCCAGCUGUCACGGCUUUCCUGCUCUGAUUCCAUCCACUGCCACCAAACGCUCAACAGUUUUGAGGCUAAAGACACUUCUCACAUUAUAGCAAGAGGGAAAAAUAGUCUGAAAAAUUGGCCAUCAAUUUCUGGCCUCUCAGUAGACCAGAACACCACGUCUCCUGUGUGCGCAUGUGGAGGGGCAGGCUGGAGCGGGGGCCACCUGAGAUCAGUGGUUUCCAAGUUAUCCUGAUGCUCAAAGAUGUAAUUCUAAUCUAUUUUUCAUGUGUUAAAAAGAACUACUGGAAAGUGAUCGACAGUGUCGGCAGCCUAACCCAUCACGUUGGAGACUAGCAAAACUACCUUGAGUUCACGUUAACUUGUUUUUGUACAGGUCUCCAGUGAAUUGUUUCUGCCAUUUAUUUGCAUAUAAAUUAAUUUCUUGUGUGACUCAUGAGAACCAGUCUUGUACAUGUCACUGAAUGGGACAGGCUGAUCUCCUGCCCGCCCGUAAUUCACGCGCCUUGUCAGCUGCGGUGUUCAGUUGUGUGGCGGCAGGUUGCUGCAUGAAGGAGGCUCCCGGUGAUAAUAUUCUGCCAGACAUUGAACUCUUCUCGUUUUCAGAGCCUCUCUUCUGACUUCCGUUCUUGUGAUAAAGUUGCAAACUAUCGUGAUUCAACUUGGAAAACAAACUCCUUGUGACAAUUCCUUGCAAAAUCCUGGCUGAGUCUUACUGAAAGUGUGGAAAUAAAGAAAGCAGCUUCAUCCACUGCUGCUCAUCACAGUUUCCCUUGGUGUGUGCAAAACAACACAGGAGCAGAGUGGACCCUCAGCUGACAAAAGCCUGCGGUCUGCAGUACCCAGUGUCAAAAUCAGGUCCUCAUGUUGGCGCCGUGAUUAGUAAUUGUCAGUAUAAAUGUUAUAAAAUUUAGCAAAUUAAAUAUUGAGUGUGUG